UGAGGAGGGAAGAAAGAAAGAACUAAGAAUCAAUAAUAGCAUGUAUCAAAUCCAAAUUUUGCGUUUCUUUUUCUUUCUAUAUUCCUACCUUCAUUACACCUUCUUUUCAAUUCCUGAAGGGAGGGGGUUGGAUUAUCCUUUUGUUGUUUCAUUCUUCUUGUAUGCUUCAGAAGACUUUACAAUUCAAAUUUGAAUGAAUCUUUGAAUGUGGUAUAUUCUAGCCCACAUUUGGGUUCUUCUUGUGAAGCUUGAUUGUGUCUGAUCUACCUGGUUUUUGGGUUGCCAGUGUUAAUUGCAGAAUACCCUUUUGCAUUGAUUCCCUGAGAUUAUGAAAUUCUCAGUUGUUCAGAUCCAACCGUCUGUAAAGAUGUUAUCAGAGUAAAGCAUAGUCUCUUAAAGAAAUUGGAGUAGACCAUGAGAGUUCAAUGUGGGUAUAUAAAAGUUUUACAAAGAUAUGUUUGAUUCUGUUGUGAAGGGGAGCUCCAAUGUGACGUAAUUUGGACAAUUUGGAUGGAUUUAUGUGAAUUACAGCGAGUAUUACAGAAACAGUUUACAGUGGACACCCCAAGACCACCAUUGAUUCCGGCAGACAAGAAUAAUGGAACCACUCGCCGGUCUCGAACAAGAGAAGUUAGUUCUAGAUACAAGUCACCUACUCCAGUUGCAUCUUCUGGUCCAAGGCGUUGCUCUUCCCCAACUGUCACAAGAACAACAAAUUCAAAUGUGUCAGUACCAAAAAGAGCUAUAUCUGCUGAGAGAAAGCGGCCCUCAACGCCACCAUCACCACCAAGUCCGUCUCCAUCAACACCAGUGCAGGACACAUCGACAGAUGUGCUUUUGGCAUCAAGAAAGGUAGCAGGCAAUCAGUUGCCUGAGUCGUUAUGGCCGUCUACGAUGAGGAGUCUUAGUGUUUCUUUCCAGUCUGAUACUUUUUCUCUGCCUAUUAGUAAGAGGGAAAAACCAGUUAAUCAUGCUCUUGCUGAUCGGACUCUGAGGCCACCAUCCAAUGUAGCACAUAAGCAGAGUGAAACAAUAACCCCUGCUUCACGAAAGCCUACACCAGAGAGAAAAAGGAGUCCACUGAAAGGAAAGAAUUCUGCUAAUCAGUCUGAGAAUUUUAGACCAGUUGAAGGUGUGCAUUCUCGACUGGUAGAGCAGCAUAGAUGGCCUAGUAGAGCAGGUGGAAAAUUAUCUGCAAAUACAGUAAAUAGAAGUAUUGAUCUUGGUGACAAGGCCGGUAGGAGUUCAUCUUUGCAACAGUCAGGAUCUGGGGUACCUUCCUUACGGAGAUGGUCCUUGGAUGGUAUGACUAAGCCUUUACAAAAAUCCGCCAGCAACUUGUUGGCACCAGUGUCAUCUGAUGAAGGUGGGAAACAAGUGAUUGGUGAUUGCUCAGCUGAUGAUAAUUCAUUGCACUUACAUAAGCCUGUCUCUUCGAGUUUUUUGGAAAGAUCAAAGCUAAUGAACGCUGCAAUUAGAUCUCAGUCUUUACCUGUUCACAGUUCUCGUCCCCCAUCACCGAAUAAAGCGUCAGUGACCUCAUCCACUAUUUCACGAGGAGUCAGUCCAUCCAGGGCGAAAAGAGUGAGUCCUGUUCCAUCAAGAGGGCCAAGUCCAUCACGAUCAAGACCAUCAAGCCCAUCAAGACAGUCCAGUAAUCCAACUUCUGUUCUCAGUUUCAUUGCUGAUAUCAAAAAGGGAAAGAAGACAGUGAAUUACAUUGAAGAUGCUCACCAACUGCGGCUAUUGUACAAUAGACAAUUGCAGUGGCGAUAUGCUAAUGCUACCGCAGAUGCUGUGCUGAGUUCUCAAAAAGAAAAAGCUGAGCUAACGUUAUAUAGCGUCUGGAGAAGUACGUCAGAUUUGCGAGAUUCAGUAAUCAAAAAGAGAAUAAAACUGCAACAGCUAACAUUGAAGUUGAAGCUGUACGCAGUUUUGAAUGAACAGCUGGCCUACCUUGAUGAGUGGCCAGGAAUUGAGAGGGAUCAUGCUGAAUCGUUAUCCCAGGCUAUCACAGAUCUGCAAGCAAGCACUCUCCGCCUUCCAGUCACUGGAGGGGCAAGGGGAGAUAUCCAAACUGUCAAGGCAGCUGUUUGCUCAGCAGUGGAUAUAAUGCAGGCAAUGGGAUCCUCCAUAUGUCUUAUACUGUCACAGGUGGAGGAAAUGAACUGCCUGGUUUCUGAACUUGCUGACGUGGUAGCUCAAGAAAGAGCAAUGCUUGAUUUAUGUGAGGCUCUCUUUGCGUCAACAUCUGCAAUGCAGGUAGAGGAAUACAGCCUUAGAACCCAUCUUGUACAGUUGAAAGAAGCUUGGAUAAAUGAUCAAUUGAUCUCUGGGAAUUAAGGAAACCAACGGAGGCUUCCACAAGGAACACUAACAACUUUCUUAAGGAAGAAAGUGAUACUGCCGUCAUAGCUAUUAGAGAGUGUAAAAUGAAAUAUAUAAUUUAUGUAGGCAUCUUUUUUUCUUUUUAACCCUGGUAGAAUUGUGUAAUUUAGUAAUUAUCUUUUUCUUCAAUUUUUACUUCUUUACUGAAGGGGCAAUUGUAAUUGCUCUAUCAGUUUUCAUGUAAUUUUUGUCUCGUGAUUGAAUGAAAAUGCAACAAAGAAGAGGGGUUAAAUUUA